AUGGCUCUCCAAGAAUCUCUCCAGUUCUCAGGGUCCCUAAGAGGGCUGGACCAGAUGGGAAUUCGGGGGGGUCCAUAUCUCCUGCUGGGUGAGGUCCUUGGACACAGCGCACUUGGUGUGCAGCCCCAGCAGGCUGCUGAUGGAGAUGCCGAUGAGCUUCUGGAGCUGCCGGCACUGCUGCAGCGCCCGGCUGGCCGCGGCCCCCGCGCCUCACUCCACGGCCGCCUCCUUCUCUCCCAUCGCGGCGGCGCACAGCGCUGCUCUAUGCACACUGCGGCGGCCGAGGCAGGGAGCCCGGGGCGCGGGCGCCUAAGCCAGGAACCCCCGAGACGGAAGAGAUGGACCAGGAGCGCCCCUCGCCGCUGCUCCAGCCAGGACGCCGGUAGAGCUGGCAGCCCAGUCUGCUGCUCCAGCCCUCAGAGACGCGGUGGCGGGAACAAUAAGCCACGACUGCAAAAAGCUGCAACGGUGGGGGACAAAAAGCCGCGGCGGCAAAAGCCGCGGCGGUGGGGGGGCGAAGCCGCGGCGACGGGGGCAAAAAGUCGUACAGGCCUGGGCAAAAAGCCGCGGCUACAGGGGGAAAAAGCCGCAAAAAGAUACGGCGGCGGAGGCAAAAAGCCGCGGUGGCGGUGGCAACUGCGGCGGGGAGGGGCAAAAUGCUGUGGCGGCAAAAGCCGCGGCGACGGGGACAAAAAGCCGUGGCGGCGGGGAGCACAAAGCCCCGGGUGCUGGGACAAAAAGCCGCAGCAGCAAAAGCCGCGGCGGCGGGGAGCAAAAAGCCGCAAAAAGCCACGACGACGGGGGCAAAAAGCCUCGGGUGCGGGGGUAAAAAGCCGCAAAAAGCCGUGGGGGCGGGGGAAAAAGCCGCGACGACGGGGCAAAAUGCCUUGGCGGCGGGGGUAA